UUGUGCUCCUGCGGGUGCUGAGGGGCAAGGGUGGGAUUGGGCUGCUCUUGCGUGGGAAUCCUUUUUUCUGUGACUGUUGUAUUAAGGGUCCAGGAUGCGAACCUGACAAAAGACCCAGGGAGAGGGGAUCGAACUGAGCAGAAACUUUGCACUUUGCUGCUGGGACCUGCCCCUUUUUCUAGCAAAGGAUGGUUCUUCCUUUGCUUGUUCUGUGCCUCCUCGGUUUACCCUCCCCCCAUACUCCCAAGCUGGGUACCCCUUUUCCUUUGGGCUUGGCCACGGAGAGGGCAGUGCUGAGCCCUGCCUUGGAGGCUGCCACGACACUACUCUGCUGUGAGACCUGGGCAGUCCCUGCACUGUUCCCACUGCCCGUGCCCCUCUCCCUAAAGCUGCAGGCCUUCCCCAGAACAGCUGCAGACCAUGCCCCCUGUCUGCCUCCUGCUGUUGCUCCUCGCCAUGGAGAGGGCCUGGGGCAGCAGGCCUUUCCGCGCCUUCACGGUGACUGACACCACGCUCACACACCUGGCCGUGCAUCGGGUGACUGGAGAGGUGUUUGUGGGCGCAGUGAACCGUGUCUUCAAGUUGGCCCCCAACCUGACAGAGCUGCGUGUUCACAUCACGGGCCCUGUCGAGGACAAUGCCCGCUGCUACCCGCCCCCCAGCAUGCGGGUGUGCACCCACCGCCUGGCUCCCGUGGAUAAUGUCAACAAGCUUCUGCUCAUAGACUACGCAGCCCGGCGCCUUGUAGCUUGUGGCAGCAUCUGGCAGGGCAUCUGCCAGUUCCUACGGCUGGACGACCUGUUCAAGCUGGGCGAACCACACCGCCGCAAGGAGCACUACCUGUCAGGGGCCCAGGAGCCUGACUCCAUGGCUGCUGUCAUCGUGGAGCAGGGCCAGGGGCCCAGCAAGCUGUUCGUGGGCACCGCUGUCGAUGGCAAGUCCGAGUACUUUCCCACCCUGAGUUCCCGCAAGCUCCUGGGCAACGAGGACAGUGCUGACAUGUUCAGUCUGGUGUACCAGGACGAGUUUGUCUCCUCCCAGAUCAAGAUUCCCUCCGACACACUGUCCUUGUACCCUGCCUUCGACAUCUACUACAUCUAUGGCUUUGUGAGCAGCUCCUUUGUGUACUUCCUGACCCUGCAGCUGGACACCCAGCAGACCCUCCUGGAUGCCGCUGGCGAGAAGUUCUUCACCUCCAAGAUUGUGCGCAUGUGCGCUGGGGACUCGGAGUUCUACUCGUACGUCGAGUUCCCCAUCGGCUGCUCCUGGCGCGGCGUGGAGUACCGCCUGGUGCAGAGCGCCCACCUGGCCAAGCCAGGCCUGCUGCUGGCGCGGGCACUGGGCGUGCCAGCCGACGAGGAUGUCCUCUUCACCGUCUUCUCCCAGGGCCAGAAAAACCGGGCCAGUCCGCCCCGGCAGACCGUUCUCUGCCUCUUCACCCUCGGCAAUAUCAAUGCACACAUCCGCCGCCGCAUCCAGUCCUGCUAUCGGGGGGAGGGCACGCUGGCCCUGCCCUGGCUCCUGAACAAGGAGUUGCCCUGCAUCAACACCCCCAUGCAGAUCAAUGGAAACUUUUGUGGGCUAGUGUUGAACCAGCCGUUGGGUGGCCUACAUGUGAUCGAGGGGCUGCCCCUGCUGGCUGACAGCACUGAGGGCAUGGCCAGCGUGGCCGCCUACACCUACCACCAGCACUCAGUGGUCUUCAUCGGCACGCGCAGUGGUAGUCUGAAGAAGGUGCGGGUUGAUGGCUCCCAGGAUGCCUAUCUGUACGAGACGGUCCCUGUUGUCGAUGGCAGCCCCAUCUUCCGCGAUCUGCUCUUCAGCCCCGACCACCAGUACAUCUAUCUCCUGAGUGAGAAGCAGGUAAGCCAGCUCCCGGUGGAGACCUGUGAGCAGUACUCAAGCUGUGCAGCUUGCCUGGGCUCCGGGGACCCGCACUGUGGCUGGUGCGUGCUGCGGCACAGAUGCUGCCGUGAAGGCGCCUGCCCGGGUGCCUCUGCCCUGCACGGCUUUGCUGAAGAGUUGAGCAAGUGUGUCCAGGUGCAUGUUCGGCCCAACAAUGUAUCGGUGACGUCGCCGGGGUUGCAGCUGACUGUAGCCAUGCACAACGUGCCAGACCUCAGCGCGGGCGUCAGCUGUGCCUUCGAGGAAGUGACCGAGAGUGAGGCUCUCCUGCUGCCCUCUGGCGAGCUGCGCUGCCCCUCGCCCUCCCUCCAAGAGCUCCAGGCGCUCACCAGGGGGCAUGGUGCCACCCGCACCGUACGGCUGCAGCUGCUCUCCAAGGAGAGUGGCGUGCGCUUUGCUGGGGCCGACCUUGUCUUCUACAACUGCAGCAUCCUCCAGUCGUGCAUGUCCUGCGUCGGCAGCCCUUACCCCUGCCACUGGUGUAAGUACCGCCACGUGUGCACCUGCCACCCCCACGAGUGCUCCUUCCAGGAGGGCAGGGUCCACAGCCCUGAGGGCUGCCCCGAAAUCCUGCCCGGCGGGGACCUCCUGAUCCCAGUCGGCGUUAUGCAACCUCUUACCCUGCGGGCCAAGAACCUGCCGCAGCCGCAGUCGGGCCAGAAGAACUAUGAGUGUGUGGUCCGCGUGCAGGGCCGGCAGCAGCGCGUGCCGGCCGUGCGCUUCAACAGCAGCAGCGUGCAGUGUCAGAACGCAUCGUACUCCUAUGAAGGUGAGGAGUAUGGUGACACGGAGUUCGACUUCUCUGUGGUCUGGGAUGGGGAUUUCCCCAUUGACAAGCCUCCUAGCUUCCGAGCCCUCCUGUACAAGUGCUGGGCACAACGCCCCAGCUGUGGCCUCUGCCUCAAGGCUGACCCCCGCUUCAACUGUGGCUGGUGCAUCUCGGAGCACAAGUGCCAGCUGCGUGCCCACUGCCCAGCCCCCCAAACCAACUGGAUGCACCCAAGCCAGAAGAGCUCUCGCUGCAGCCACCCACGCAUCACACAGGUCCACCCGCUCAUGGGUCCCAAGGAGGGCGGCACCUGGGUCACCAUAGUGGGUGAGAACCUGGGUCUCACCUCGAGGGAGCUGGGCCUUCGCGUGGCUGGUGUGCGCUGCAAUGCCAUCCCUACUGAGUAUAUCAGCGCUGAGAGGAUCGUGUGUGAGAUGGAGGAGUCACUAGUACCCAGCCCACCACCAGGGCCUGUGGAGCUGUGUGUUGGCGACUGCUCGGCUGACUUCCAGACGCAAUCUGACCAGCUCUACACCUUCGUGACGCCGACCUUCCACCGUGUGAGCCCUGGCCGGGGCCCGGCGGCGGGAGGCACACGGCUCACCAUCGCGGGCAGCUCUCUGGAUGCUGGCAGCAGGGUCACGGUGACCGUGAGAGAUGGCGAAUGCCAGUUCGUGAGGAGAGACGCCGAGUCUAUCGUCUGCAUCUCGCCAGUCUCCACCCUGGGCCCCAGCCAGGCUCUCAUCACGCUAGUCAUUGACCGGGCCAACAUCUCCAGUCCCGGUGUCGUCUACACCUACACCCAGGACCCCACUGUCACACGUCUUGAGCCCACCUGGAGCAUUAUCAAUGGCAGCACUGCCAUCACUGUGAGUGGGACCCACCUACUGACGGUCCAGGAGCCCCGAGUCCGGGCUAAGUACCGUGGUAUUGAGACCACGAACACGUGCCAGGUGAUCAAUGACACGGCCAUGCUGUGUAAGGCCCCUGGGAUCUUCCUGGGGCGGCCCCAGCCCCAGGCACAAGGGGAGCACCCUGAUGAGUUCGGCUUCCUGCUGGACCACGUGCAGACGGCACGCUUCCUCAACCGCUCUGCCUUCACCUACUACCCCGAUCCCAGCUUCGAGCCACUGGGGCCUUCUGGUGUUCUGGAUGUCAAACCUGGCUCCCAUGUGGUGCUGAAGGGCAAGAACCUGAUCCCCGCAGCCACAGGCAGCUCCCGCCUCAACUACACGGUGCUGAUUGGGGGCCAGCCAUGCGCGCUGACUGUCUCGGACACACAGCUCCUGUGCGACUCGCCCAGCCAGACGGGCCGGCAGCCUGUCAUGGUGCUGGUGGGCGGCCUGGAGUUCUGGCUGGGCACGCUGCACGUCACGGCCGAGCGGGCGCUAACCCUACCGGCCGUGGUGGGGAUGGCCGUGGGGGGCGGGCUCUUGCUGCUAGCCAUCGCCGCUGUGCUGGUGGCCUAUAAGCGCAAGACACAGGACGCAGACCGCACGCUCAAGCGGCUGCAACUGCAGAUGGACAACCUGGAGUCCCGGGUGGCCCUGGAGUGCAAGGAAGCCUUCGCUGAGCUGCAGACGGACAUCAACGAGCUGACGAACCACAUGGACGGGGUGCAGAUCCCCUUCCUGGACUACCGUACCUACGCCGUGCGCGUGCUCUUCCCGGGCAUCGAGGCCCACCCAGUGCUCAAGGAGCUGGACACACCCCCCAAUGUCGAGAAGGCUCUGCGCCUCUUCGGGCAGCUGCUGCACAGCCGGGCCUUCGUGCUCACCUUCAUCCACACCCUGGAGGCCCAGAGCAGCUUCUCCAUGCGCGACCGAGGCACCGUGGCCUCGCUGACCAUGGUGGCCCUGCAAAGCCGGCUUGACUAUGCCACCGGGCUGCUCAAGCAACUGCUAGCGGACCUCAUUGAGAAAAACCUCGAGAGCAAGAACCACCCAAAGCUGCUGCUGCGCAGGACAGAGUCCGUGGCGGAGAAGAUGCUUACCAACUGGUUCACGUUCCUGCUGCACAAGUUUCUGAAGGAGUGUGCAGGGGAGCCCCUCUUCCUGCUCUACUGCGCCAUCAAGCAGCAGAUGGAGAAGGGCCCCAUCGAUGCCAUCACCGGCGAGGCUCGCUACUCGCUGAGCGAAGACAAGCUCAUCCGGCAGCAGAUCGACUACAAGACACUGACCCUGCACUGUGUGUGUCCGGAGAGCGAGGGCAGUGCCCAGGUUCCUGUGAAGGUUCUCAACUGUGACAGCAUCACCCAGACCAAAGACAAGCUGCUGGAUACUGUGUACAAGGGUGUCCCCUACUCCCAGCGCCCCAGAGCCGAGGACAUGGACCUGGAAUGGCGCCAGGGCCGCAUGGCCCGUAUCAUCCUCCAGGAUGAGGACGUCACCACCAAGAUCGAAUGUGACUGGAAGAGGGUCAACUCACUGGCCCACUACCAGGUGACAGAUGGUUCCUUGGUGGCACUGGUGCCCAAACAAGUGUCUGCCUAUAACAUGGCUAGCUCCUUCACAUUCACUCGCUCCCUCAGCCGCUACGAGAGCUUGCUGCGCACGGCCAGCAGCCCUGACAGCCUGCGCUCGCGGGCACCCAUGAUCACGCCUGACCAGGAGACAGGUACCAAGCUUUGGCACCUGGUGAAGAACCAUGACCACCUGGACCAGCGCGAGGGUGACCGUGGUAGCAAAAUGGUCUCGGAGAUAUACCUGACACGACUGCUAGCCACCAAGGGCACCCUGCAGAAGUUUGUAGAUGACCUCUUCGAGACUGUGUUCAGCACAGCCCACCGCGGCUCAGCUCUGCCACUGGCCAUCAAGUACAUGUUUGACUUCUUGGAUGAGCAGGCAGACCGACGGCAGAUCAGUGACCCUGAUGUGCGGCACACCUGGAAGAGCAACUGCCUGCCUCUGCGUUUCUGGGUGAACGUCAUCAAGAACCCUCAGUUCGUGUUCGACAUUCACAAGAGCAGUAUCACGGACGCCUGCCUCUCAGUGGUGGCCCAGACCUUCAUGGACUCCUGCUCCACGUCUGAGCACCGGCUGGGCAAGGACUCGCCCUCCAACAAGCUGCUCUAUGCCAAGGACAUCCCCAGCUACAAGAGCUGGGUGGAGAGGUACUACCGGGACAUUGCCAAGAUGGCAUCCAUCAGUGACCAGGACAUGGACGCCUACCUGGUGGAGCAGUCCCGCCUGCAUGCCAGUGACUUCAAUGUCCUGAGUGCACUCAGCGAGCUCUACUUCUAUGUCACCAAGUAUCGCCAGGAGAUUCUGAGUGCCAUGGACCGAGACGCCUCUUGUCGAAAGCACAAGUUGCGCCAGAAGCUGGAACAGAUCAUCAGCCUUGUGUCCAACAGCAGCUGAGGGUGGCCCAGUUGGGUGAGGACGGGGCUUCUGCGUCCUGAGCCGUCCUCUGACAAGGGGGGCUGGCUCACGCCCGCUGCCCAGGCUGAGACUCAUAGCGGGUGCGUGGGGGAGGCACCGGGCCAGUAGGACCCCAGCACACCUGGGUCCCCUUCACUAGUGCCUUGCUUCGGGCCCUGGGGCAGGGGAGGGGAGACAGGACCAAGUCCCCCAUCCCAGCAGCAGCAAUACCCCCACCCUCCUGCCCUGGUGCCCAGCUGUGGCAGUAGCCCCUGCCCUCCUUCCUAUUUAUACCCCAACCACCUAUUUAUUUAAUUUAACUCCAUCUCACUGUUUCCAUCUGUAAACGUGUAUCCCUCCUGGGAUGUGGCCAACCUCACCCACCUUCCUCUCCACCUGUCCUGGGUCCCUUGUGACAUUGCCAGCUGUGGUCCACCCUCUGGCACUUCUCUUUGUAAUGGCUGGCCCCAGCUCUCCCUGGAAGGGGGACUUGACACUAGCAGACACGGGGUGGGUGGUGCACCUGAAGCUGUGCCAAGGGGCCCCCUGCCCGCCGACCACAGCUCCCUUCCCCACGUGGUAGGAGGUAGACCCUCUGUUCGCAGGGGCCCUGUGCUCUCUGAGCACCAGGAGAGCAAUUACUAGGCGAGUGCCUAGUGCCCUGGCCAACCUGGGCCUGAGGGCGCAGGACUGUUCUUCCUCCCGGCUCCCCUGCCAAACGUCCUCGGUGCUAUCUGCACUUACCCUGGACACUUCCUUCUCAUUUACCCUGUCCUGCGCCCGCCCUGAGGGGCCGAGGCGGCAGUGCCUUACUCCUCUGUGUCUUCUGCCUCUUCUGAACAACCUGGCCCGUCUGUGUCCCAGAACCUGGUCCUCUGCUCUUGGGUUGCAUGACUUUUUCUUUGUUCACGGGAAUGUUUUCCUUUGCUAAUUAAAUGUUAGGAAAAUGGAGAUAGUCUGUGGCUUUGUCCUUGGGGCGGGUGGGUGGUAGUUAACAUGAACCCAGACUGGUAACCCUGUUGGACUCCACAAGAGCUGGACUCCCUUAAUUGGAGAGAGGGUAACUAGCUCUCAAGGUUCCUGAGGAUUUGAGGAGACCAGGCUCAUGUCCAUCACCCAAGCCCGUUGGUCCACCUUCAAUUUAUAUCGAAAAUCUACUCACUUCUCCCUGUCGCGGUCCAAGCCACCAUUUUCUCCUGCCUUCGUGGCUAGUCUCCUGCUUUCUGCCUGGACUCCCCUCGGCCCAGUCUCAACGAGGGAGGCAGAGGGAUCCUGUUAAGAUGCAAGGCGAACUACAUCGACACUCUGUUCAGAACCCUCCAGUAGUUUCAAAUGCACCCACACUCCUUAAACGCUGGCAAUGCCUUACUGUCCCAGGUGUCUCUCCUAUCGGGAUGCACCUACCUACCUCUUGCUCCCACACCUCUUCAAGUGGCGCACAGGUAGGGGGGAGCAAGUCAAGCCGGGAGCACUCCGGGACAAGAGAAUGGCAUCUAACAAGCCCUGUGAGAGACCAUGGUCUGAUUAAGGAGCGAGGGUGUCUGGGGCCACUCGGUGCCAGGCAGGCACUGUUCCAGGAGCUACGGAUACGUGGGCAGAGGGGGAGAAGAGCCAUGAUUGCUGCCUGGCUGAGGGAGGACAUUUGAGAAGGACCUGGAGGAGGUCAGGGAGUGAGCCAGACGAGUCCCAGGGGAAGAGAGUUGCAGACAGAAAAAAGCCUGUGCCAAGAUCCUCAGGUGGGAGUGGGCUGGGGUGUUUCAGAAAGGGCGAGUAAGCCAGUGUGGCUGGAUCAUCGUGAGCAAGGGAGAGAUUGGGAGAGACGGCGACCGGAGAGGAAAGGGGCAGGACCACCUUGGGCUCUGUGAGCCACUGUGAGGGCUCUGGCUUUGCCUCUGGGAGAGAUGGGAGCCCACUGGAGGGUUUGGAACAGGAGCGAUGGGGCCUGGGACCUGACUCAUUUUGAGACAGCCCAGCAGCUUCAGCAGUCCCUCUGUGGGGCCAAGUCUGCAGGCUGAUUCUGGGCUUUGCAGGGCGAGGAAGGGAGGGAAGGUCAGACUCAAGUCCUUUCCCCAGUGAAUGGGCCCCACAUUGUGGGGCCAAAUUUGGGAGCCCUAUCUGGAAAGCGGGAAACCCUGGUGGCGUAGUGGUUAUGUGCUAACCGCUGCUAAACAAAAGGCCAGCAGUUCGAAUCCACCUGUCACGUCCUUGGAUACUCUAUGAGGCAUUCUACCCUGUGCUGUAGGGUCACUAUGAGUCGGA